AUGGCCGAGCUGCAGGAGCUUGUGCUGCGGUUGACUGGGGGCAGCACCACCCCCGCCCAGCGCGCAGUUGCGCUGCACACGUUUGUUCGCGACAUCGCCUUCGGCUUUACAGCUCAGGGCCACUGUAACCCCAAGGCCUCCCUGUUUGUGGAUCUGCUGCGUGCUGCGGGCUUCCAGGCCCGCAUCCACGCCGUCAACAUCGACGCCGGCAUUCUGGCUGGCUGCUUCCCCGAUUGGGCCGGACCCAGGCGGGUGACGCACACGUACACAGAGGUGCAGGUGCCGCCGCAGGAGCGCUGGAUCCGGGUGGACAGCUACACAGUGGACCGGCCGCUGCACGAGGCGGCGGUGGCGCGGCUGCGGCUGGAGGGUCGUCCCAUGGGGUGGGGGGUGCACGCCAGGGGCACAGUGGACUGGGACGGCGCCUCGGAUGCAUUCUGCCAGUAUGUGGAGCCGGAGGCGCAGGCUGCAGAGGACCUGGGCGUCUUUGACUCCAUUGAGCAGGUGAUGCGGCACCCCCUGUACCUGCACCGAGGCCCGCUUGGCCUGACAUACUCCUCGCUUCUGCGUCCCGCGGCCCUUCUGCUGCCCGCCGGCUGGGUGCAGCGCGUGGUCAACGGGCGUGUGGAUGCGUUGAGGGCGGCAGGCGGCGAGCGCGGCGCCAGCUCUUAA